GCAACUCAGGUUCAAGAAACGUAAGAGGUGCUGGUGGAGAUGAAAGCAGUGGUGGUGAAGAUAUGGGAGGUGGUGGAGGAAGUCUGUUUGCAAUGGCGGCAGCGGCAGCCUCAGCAUCAGACUAUUACUGCUGCCAAUGGUAAUGGUAAUGGUAAUGGUAAUAGUAUUGACGAGCGUGAUAAAGAAAAGGGCAAUGGAAGUGUACCGGAGAACAUGGAAGAGAUUGGAGUUAGUACACUGGACAUGUGCUUCAUGGUUGCAGCAGGUACUGAGCCCACUGAAAUAAGAUCUUCUGAAACUUAUUAUACUACAGUGGAUUCCUCUCUUUCCAAGGCUAGUGGGAGUACCAGAGAAGAAGAAGAAUUGGAUGUUAAACUUAAAAAAAUAGACAUCCAAAAGAUCCUGAGAAGUGUCAUUACACAUCAAGAUGAGGAAACUGUGAAGCAUGAAAUUUCAUGUGAAGAAGAAUACAUGCUUUUCAAACUGUUAAGUGAAGGAACAAAAGAACUUGUCAACAUUAACAGACUCAAUCAUAAAGAAAGCGAUGAAGAAAUAGAAUUUGAAUUUGAGAGGGCUGUAGAGAAGUUAGAUCAGCACAGUGUGCACUGUCCUGAAUGUAAUUCUUGCAUUACCAAAGUUGUUCUUUGUAAAAAGGUAAGGACUAGUACUGCUCCUCCUAAGCCAUUUGAUCUGCUUAAAUGCUUCUCCUGCUUCAGCAUUUUCAUUCCCAAAGGGAUUUUUCGAAGACAAAAUGGGAUCACAAACGAACAAAGUUUACGUGAGAAGUCAUCUGUACUGGAUGAAAAUCUUUCCUCCAUUUUCACAGAUGAUCGCAAGGGGAAAAUGGUGAAGAUUGAUCAGCAGCAAGGGAGGUUUUUUGAUUUAUUCCGGGCUUCUACGAGCAAACAAAAUCCUCAGCCAACAUCUGCCAUAGCUGGAAAUUAUUCCAGUUGUGUCACAUAUGAGACAGCGAGCGCGGUGAUUGGUCAAGAAGAAACUAAAACACCAUCACAAGAAUCUGUGUCACCUGGUACAGCAGUGUUCGAAACUGCUCCUUCAACCAACAGAGUUGUACCACCUGGAGGUCUUGGAGAUCUUGCAAUCAACAUAGAAGAGGGAUCAGAUGAUAAACUUUGCACAAAAUCAGAGGGUCAUCAAACUGGAGACAGAGAGAUUACUGAUGAUGAAAAGUCAAAAGGGAGCAGGGAGCAACAACCUAUAAUAACUUUAGAUGAAGAAGGUUCUAAAACAUUGGAAAUCCUAAAGAGCGUUGUUUAUGGUGGGUUAAUGGAAUCAAUGACAAGCCUAAGUGUUGUGUCAUCUGCAGCUGCUGCAGAUGCCACCACAAUGAACAUUGUAGCUAUGGGAUUGGCAAAUCUGAUUGGUGGAUUUUUCAUUUUUGGUCCUAAUCUUAGGGAACUAAAAAAUGAAGAGUCUAGGUACAAAGAAUUACUGGGCCAGACGGACAAUUUCUUACUUCAUACAACGGUUGCUGUGCUAGCGUUCCUCAUUUUUGGCUUAAUCCCUCCAGUAACUUACGGCUUCUCAUUUCGCCAGACUGAUGACAAGGACCUAAAGCUUGUGCUAGUCGCAGCAGCUUCUCUUCCGUGCAUUGCUAUACUUGCAAUUGGGAAGGCUUACAUCCAGAAGAAACCCAACUUUUACGCAUACAUCAAAACUGUACUGUACUAUAUUGGUAUGGCAGUUAUGGCCUCAGGCAUUUCUUAUGCUGCAGGUGAAUUAAUCAAGAGGCUUGUGGAGAAGCUUGGUUGGUUUGAUUCAAGUGUAGCUGUCACUCUGUCCCUUCCUCAGGUGCAAUCAGUAAAUCCAGCUUGGGGGUCCUACUGAUGUCAUGAGAUCCGAAAUCAAUGUUUGUCCACAACUAAUUGUUUGGAACAUUUGCCAUCAUAAGCUGUUUCUUUCUUGAUUUAUAGCUUUCUUCGCUUGAUUCUUUGAGGUGUCUGAAUAAUAAGCUAGUCCAGAGCACCUGUUGAUAUCUUGGAAUUGAAAUAUCAAUCAUUGUGUUUCAUUGAAAUAAUGAAUGUAUUUCUUCGAGUUAACUGUUGCAUUUGAAUGCUAAGCCUACUAUUGUGUUGAUUUCCUGGCUCUUUUGAGUGUAUAUCAGUGUCUAGAAUCCCUUUUCAUUUCGAGCUUUUAUCUAUUCCUCUCAGGUAUUCUGAGGUACAGAAAAUUCUAUGCUGACAGGGCUUAGCAUACAUAAUGUGAAUUUUCCCCACCAUCUUAACACAAUCAGAAAGCAAAAAAGUCAUUUGAAUGGAAACUUUACCUCGAUUGUAGAUGCUUUUUUCCCUUCAAAAAAGCCAUUUUGGAUCCACUGUGG